AACAGGAAGUGAGCGGAGUCCAGCGAAAGUGUGAGUGAACUGUCAAAACAAACCAAUAGCGACAAAAUUAUAUCUUCACUCAGAGCGUCCGCACAUCUAAAGAGGUCCCUUCACCACCAUGGACAACAUGCCUAACCCUCUGCGGUGUUUCCGUGAGCAGCAAUCGGCAGAAAUGCUCUUGGAUGACGGGGUAGAGACGGUGACUUCUGUCGAGCAGAAAAAGGUGGAAAAAUCCAUUCAAGAAGUCAUGAGUGUUUACAAGCAAAUACACAGCUUACCACAGCCAACGUUGUUGCGGGAACAGCACUACCAGUAUCUCAAGAAGGGCUUACGUCAUUUAUCAGAUGCUUAUGAGUGUCUGGAUGCUAGCCGACCGUGGCUUUGCUUCUGGAUUCUUCACAGUCUGGAGUUACUACAGGAGCCCAUUCCUGCUGCCGUCGCCUCAGAUGUGUGUCAGUUUCUGGCACGCUGUCAAAGCCCAACAGGGGGUUUCGCCGGGGGACCGGGGCAACACGCCCACCUUGCACCCACCUACGCUGCCGUCAACGCCCUCUGCAUCAUCGGCACAGAUGAGGCCUAUAAUGUUAUAGACAGGGAGAAGCUGCUAGAUUUCUUGUGGUCAGUGAAGCAGCCAGAUGGCUCCUUUGUGAUGCACGUCGGUGGAGAGGUGGAUGUCAGGAGUGCAUACUGUGCAGCUUCGGUAGCAUCGCUCACAAACAUCCUCACACCUAAACUGUUUGAAAACACAACCAACUGGAUUCUCAGCUGUCAGAACUGGGAGGGUGGUCUAAGUGGAGUACCGGGUUUGGAGGCACACGGCGGUUACACGUUCUGUGGUACAGCCGCCCUUGUCAUCCUGGGAAAAGAACACAUGCUGGAUCUGAAAGCCUUGCUGCGUUGGGUGGUCAGCAGGCAGAUGCGAUUUGAAGGAGGUUUCCAAGGCCGCUGCAAUAAACUAGUGGAUGGCUGCUACUCUUUCUGGCAAGCUGGACUCCUGCCUUUACUCCACAGAGCCUUAUACAAAGAAGGAGAGUCAGAGCUGAGUGAGCAGCGGUGGAUGUUUGAGCAGCAGGCCUUGCAGGAGUACAUCCUCCUGUGCUGUCAGAACCCAACAGGAGGCCUUCUGGAUAAGCCUGGCAAGUCCAGAGAUUUUUACCACACGUGUUACUGCCUCAGCGGCCUCUCCAUAGCACAGCACUUUGGGAACAUGGACAACCAUUACGAGGUGAUCCUCGGCAAGGAGGAGAAUAGAUUGGCACCAACUCAUCCAGUUUACAACAUCUGUCCGGAGAAGGUGGCUCAGGCCCUGCAGCACUUUCUCCGGAUGCCCGUUCCCGAGGUCAGCAGGCAGCCGGGAGGCUCCGGUGAAGACAGACUGUCAGACGCUGCUGCUGCCUCCUCAUCAGCUGACCUUCAGUCCUAGUUGGUCCUCAGCAGUAACGUCACUGUGCGUUUUUAAAAAACAAAACAAAAUAACAAGAAUCAGCCAGCUCUGGGGAUCGCCCCUGAGCCGGGAAGCUGUUGUCAGGUUUUUUGUGGACAAGCGGGAUAGUCGACCCUCGCUGCAGACCAGGGCUGAAUUUUGCCCCAAAUAAAGGUCAACAGUUUUGCAAGGGCAGCCUCACAUUCAGUUGAAUAUCUGUUGUUUUUUUUUUUUUCUGUUUUUUUUUUUUUGCUUGCAUUGUCUGUUUUCAUUCUCUGAAAUAAAGGUGGAACUUUAUAAGGUUUCAGUAGGUUAAUAAAACUUGUUAGAGCUUUUCUCAUCAUGGUGUUAUAAAUUGCUUUUGAUUGGUAAAUGAGUGGCACAACUGUUCAGAUACAUUUUAGAUCUAAUAAACGCGGCAGGUUGAAGAAAUAAGAAGCACCUGCAAAAUAAUAUCAGCAUCAUGUUUAGAAAACAGCAGCAGACAUGAAUGAAGCUCUGCACACUGAGAAGCCGCUGUAUUUGAAAAACACUGAGGACGCUGAGGGUCGGUCAGGUGUUUUUUCUGGGUUUGUAGGUUAUAUACAUAUUAUAUUCACUGGCCAGUUCAUUAGGUACACCAGUUCCACUGCUUUUGUAAAGCAACCAACAAUAGGGCAGCAACUUGGUGUAUUUACACACACAGGCAUGGUCAAAACAACCUCCUGAAAUUCAAACUGCUUUUUUUUUUUAUGCCACAUACUAUUCUGUCUAUCCCUUUGUGACCACACUUGUAUGGUGUAUCUACUGUGUCACACAGCCGAAAUCAUCCCGAACUGGUUCGUGAAUGUAACGAGUUCACUGUACUCAAAUGGCGUCCGCAGAUCUCAAUCCAGCAGAGCACCUUUGGGAUGUGUUUGAACAAGUGAUUUGCAUCGUAGAUGUGCGGCCAACCAAUGUGCAGCACCUGUUUGAUGCUAUCAUGUCAACAUGGGCAAAAGUCACAUGUCAGAUGUUUCCAGCAGCUUGUUAGAGGAGGAUCUAACUUGGUACUAGUGUACUUAGUAGUAGCUGGCGAGUGUAUAAUCACACUCGGUGUAAUUUCCCUUUAACUUGAAGCUCAGCAAAACAGGAUGCAGUAGAUCUUCACCAGGUGUUUGUGUUGCCAAAUUAAAAGGUAACAAACUGUGUCGAGUCCAUGAUUACCUAUAAUUACAGGACAAAUGGGGACAAAGUACUAAGACAACUACUUAACUCUUUCCCCC